AUGCUUCCUACACUUAAAGCCGAGAGCAUAAACUACGAAAAGCAUGAUUCAUCUGAUAGUGAUGAUGACGAUGAUGUUAUCAUUGAUAAUAAUAGCAAUGAUGAUCACCUUAAGUUUGACAAUCAUAUUGGCAAGGACUGCCCUUUCACCCUUAUUGGACAAUGUAAAAAUGCCGCAAAUAAACUAACUAAGGACUAUGGUGGCACUGUCAGUUGCCUCCGUUGCACACGCUUAACCAAAGACAAAUUCGCCUCUAAAGCUUUGGACAUAAACGUAGGCAAGCAUGAACUAUCUGAUAGUGAUGUUGAUGAUGAUGAUUCCGAUGAUGAUUCCGAUGAUGAUUCCAAUGAUAAUCUCAAUAAUGAUCCCGAUGAUGUUACCGAUAAUGUUUCCAAUAAUGAUCCCGAUAAUAAUCCAAAAUAUGAUUACAAUGGAUUUAGAAAAUUUUAUAGUAGCGAUGCCGCUCGUGACCGCUGCAGACGUCUCAACAAACAUUCUUGGGCCUAUCCAAAUCCAAAUCCAAAUAUAAAGGCACUUCUUGAAGGCUCUCUAUUGAAAAAGGACAACUUGAGCUACCUGUUGCAACCACCGAAAGUCAGCAAUAAAGAAUUAGGCGAAUUUGAUGAAUUGGAAGGUGACGGUGAAAGCUACGACUAUCAGCCUCUAGGAGAGGGCUCAGCGGGCGAAGACUCCUCUUUGGGGGGAAGCUUCUUUGGGGCUAAAUCUUUAGAAAAAGAUUUGUUUGGCCAAAACUCACUCAGCAACAAAAGUGGUGUCGGUGGCGGUUUCGGCUUCGGCAGCAGCAGCGGCAACAACGACGACUAUCAAGAUUACUAG